CUAGAACUAGGUUUUAUUUUUUCUCCCACCCAUGACCCGUGAUAAACCCUAGAGCUUUCAUUUUCUGUUUUCCCGCCUCCAUGCCUGUUUAUAGAUAACCCUUUUGUCUUUCGAAACCCCAUUCGCUCUCUCCGAAUCCAUCUUCUCUCUCUUCUAGUUUCGAGGCCCUAAUUCCUGCUUCCUUUCUCUUUAUAAUUCUCCCCUCCAUUUGAGGCCGUCUCGAAACUCUUGAUUCAUCGUCCAGAGGUCGAGUUUCACGCUUUGUUACAGUGCGAUCCAUGGAUCCAUUGGUACCCUAUCGCAAGAAAGCAAAAGGAGAUGCUGUUGCUAGUGGUAAUGGAUUUAAUCAUAACUCAUCUUUUGGAGAAUUGGGUUUGGCUGGGUUAGGAAGCAAAUCAAAGCCGUGUACGAAGUUUUUCAGCAUGGUCGGAUGCCCAUUUGGUGAGGGAUGCCACUUCUCUCACUAUGUGCCUGGAGGCAUCCAUGCCGUAUCCCAAGUGCAAGGUUUAGCAUCUGCCACUAGAAGGCCAAACUCCAUCACCAGCACUGCUACCCCUACUUCCGCCUCUCUUGUCAAAACCCGACUGUGCAACAAAUACAACACCCCUGAGGGCUGCACCUUUGGUGAAAAGUGUCACUUUGCACAUGGCGAGAAAGAACUCGGAAUGUCACUCUCCUCCGACCGUACACGCGAUCCGGCAAUGGCUGUCGGUGGGCCCACUCGUGCAGUUCCCACAAGCUUUGGGGCAUCAGCCACUGCUAAAAUAAGUGUUGAGGCUUCAUUGGCAGGGGCUAUCAUAGGGAAGGGCGGGGCCCACUCGAAGCACAUAUGCAGGGUCACUGGUGCUAAGCUCUCAAUAAAAGACCACGAGACUGAUAAGAACUUGAAGAACAUUGAGUUGGAGGGGACCUUUGAUCAAAUCAAUCAGGCAAGCGCAAUGGUGAGGGAGAUCAUCAUGCAAAACUCGGUGGGCAAUGUGGCAACAAGGCCAGGCUUGGGGCCUGCUGUGGCUGCAGGGUCGGGGAAGGUGUCAAAUUACAAGACAAAGAUGUGUGAGAACUUCCCAAAGGGCUUGUGCACAUAUGGUGAGAAGUGCAGCUUUGCUCAUGGCGCAGCGGAGCUGCGCGCCUAGUUUGUUGGUGAUGACAUGUGUUCUCUAUCUCUCACACUAUCCUUUCAUUGCAGGGGCUACUGUAGAUGGGGACUGGACGAGUGAAUGAGGUAAUUGAGGUCCUCAAUUUUGAUUUAGGCAGGACAGUUUUCUAUUAAUCACAUUAAGGAAGAGUUUAUUUUAAGACUGGUGUGACUCUCGAUCCUGACCAUGGCAAUUACAUCUUUGACUUAUACACGAACAAUUACCAUACUGGAAAGCAACUAUCAAAUUAAUUGGGUAUUUGCCAUCUUAUGAGAAUGUAUUAGUAUUAAUAUAUUUGGUGUGCUCAUUCAUGGGUUUUUCUCUUA